GUUCACAAACCGCUGCCUGUGAAUAGAGAGUGUGGAUAGGGUGCCCCCCGCCCCGUGUAUGUGUGUGUCUUCUUAAUGUUGUUUGGCUUCGAAUGAACAGGCAGACUUCUGAUCAACUUUAGAUCUUUUUUUCAGUCCAGGACGUAGGGCUAUUCAGAACUUUACACAAUUUUCGGAACUGGCUUUGUUUCUUCUCUAUCCGGAUUGAUUUUUGUUGAUGGCGCGGUCUAACCAAGAUGGACACGGGUUGUCUGCCGGCUGGAGACUAGAUAACAGCUUCACCUUUUAAAUCUAAAUGUAGACUAUAUUUCAUUAUCCGCUGUAACCCUAUUAUUUAUCAGGUGGAUGUAAGAGGACUGGGUCAUUUCCACCCCAGAGGUCACAUCCUAUAAUGAACAUUUUCCCACUGAAGUUUCGGUGAACUUUUCCCACGACUCGCCAUGUCGGGAGUGGUCCGCACCCUGAGCCGCUGCCUGCUCCCGGCGGAGGCCAACCGGGACCCGGGGAGCAGCAAGGAGGGGAGCCGGGAGAGGGACGCGGCGCAGGAGCGGGAGGCGCGGCGCAGGAGCAGGGAGAUAGACGCGAUGCUCGCCCGGGAGAGGAGAGCCGUUCGCCGGCUGGUGAAGAUUCUCCUGCUCGGGGCCGGGGAGAGCGGAAAGUCCACAUUCCUCAAACAGAUGCGCAUCAUAAACGGACAACAGUUUGAUAAAAAAGCACUUCUGGAUUUCCGGGACACUAUCUAUGAGAAUGUACUGAAGGGCAUGCGCGUGCUGGUGGAUGCCCGGGACAAGCUAGGCAUCAGCUGGCAGAGCUGCGAGAACGAGAAGCAGGGCAUGCUGGUGAUGUCGUGGGAGGGACGCGUGGGCGGCUCGGGGGUCGAGCCCAGUGAGUUUCAGCUGUACGUGAUGGCACUGUGUGCGCUCUGGGCAGACGCCGGCAUACAGGAGGCCUACGCACGACGCUCUGAGUUCCAACUGAGUGAGUCAGUCAAAUACUUCCUGGAUAACUUGGAUCGUAUUGGUCAACUGAACUUUAUCCCAAGCAAGCAGGACAUUUUGUUUGCGAGGAAGGCAACGAAAGGCAUAGUUGAGCACGACUUUGUCAUCAAAAAGAUUCCUUUCAAAAUGGUGGACGUCGGAGGGCAGAGGUCCCAGAGGCAGAAGUGGUUUCAGUGUUUUGACGGGAUCACAUCGAUACUCUUCAUGGUUUCAUCGUCAGAGUACGAUCAGGUCUUGAUGGAGGAUCGGAGGACAAACCGUUUGGUGGAGAGCAUGAAUAUAUUUGAGACGAUCGUCAAUAACAAGCUCUUCCUCAAUGUGUCAAUCAUCCUCUUCCUCAACAAAACAGACCUGCUGGUGGAAAAGAUUCGCACGGUGGACAUCCGUAAGAACUUUCCAGAGUUCAGAGGAGACCAACGCAGGCUAGAGGAUGUACAGGCGUUCCUGGUGCAGUCGUUCAGCCGUAAGAGGAGAAACCGUGGCAAGCCACUCUUCCACCACUUCACCACUGCAGUAGACACAGAGAAUAUCCGCUUUGUCUUUCACGCCGUCAAGGACACCAUCCUGCAGGAAAACCUCAAAGAUAUCAUGCUGCAGUGACCUUCACGCUGCAGACGACAAUGUCUCUGACUGUAAACUGUGAAACCAGCCAUGAAUCCACGCCUGGAGGACACUACUGCCCACAAGUGCAUAUUAACACUGACCUGUGGAGCAGUAAGUGGAUUUUACUGAACUCUGAACCUGUGGAGCCCUGAUGUUACCCGUUCGCCUACAUCGGCCUCUGUGGAACCUGUGAGGGUCGCAGAGGACUAGACCCUGCAUUUAACCUGUAUAAAUGUGUGUGCGCUGGAAAGACAGUCGCCUUCUUGUAGCUCUUAAGUGUUCUUGCCUUCAUAAACAGGUGAGAAAUUGUUUUUAAAAAAGAAGAAGAAAAAAAAUAGAGAAAUGCACCAACUACAUGACAUGAGCACUGAAAGUGUUUUUUCUCAGAUGUAUAUAUAUAUAUAUGACAACCCUGACACUAAACAUAAAAGUCAGCCGGCUGCCAGCUGAAAUGAAAGGGAGAGAGAACAGAAAGUUUAGAGCUGAAGAAUGCCUCGUCCCAAUGUCCACGUGACAGAGAGAGAGGGAGAGGGUGAGGGUUUGGGCUCCUACUGGUCAUAUGCCGUGCUACGUGAUAAGGUUGCACAAGUGUUCCUGUCAAUGAACUUUAACAGAGGAAAGAGACGAGUCUCUCUUGUGCGCCUGUUUUCUCCUGUGCUUCCUUUUCUGUCUAUCUUUACCUCUCCUCCCCUGCUUGUGUUUAUUCUCCUGCUCUCACCAUCAUACAAGAGAACAGCUGCAGAUAGCAAGUCUUAUCCCUCUUAUCCCGUAACUCUCCUCUACUCUCUCGCACAAUAGAUAGAUUGUUCGUCUCCUCCCUCUCCAGCAGAAACAGUAGACGGUCAAAUUAGAGUCUCUUAGUUUAAAGACACACAGCUCCUGGUCUUGCAUGAAUUAUGGUUCAUCUCUAUCCCUAUGCUUUUCUACUAUUUCCCACCAACUUCCCAGGAGAAGUACCACAAUAGCCUAGACUCAACUAUAAUAAGCAUCCCCUUUACAAGAAGAAGUCUUUCAUAUGCGGUUACACUACUCUACACUACUCCUUUUUCCUGUGAACGUGAAGGGAACAUCAGAGGAUGACAGGGUUGAACUGUAAAUGACCUUAUUCCCAUGUUGCCGGCGGCCAUUUUGGACUUCUGUAGCAGUCAGGGUGGGAAGUCCUAGAAGAUUGGCACAAAACAAGUGAAACAAACCAGAUUGAACAAAAACACUCAUACUUAAACUCUUAUAUAUGAUACACAAUGAGUUUCUUUCCUCCACCGAGUCUGGUAUAUUUUUAUCAGGACAGGAGUCUAUUAUCACACUAAUACCAAGUUAAUACCAUAGAAACACAUCGUCAUCCAUUUUUAUGAAGUUUGUUUUAUAGUCAGUUAAACCAUUGGUUAGGUCUAGUGCUGCAACAGUUAGUUGAUUAAUCGAUUGACAGAUGUCAAAAGUCAAAUGUCGAUCAAUUGCUUUUAUUGCUGGUUCCAGCUUCUCAAAUGUGACGGUUUGCUGUUUUUUUCCUGUGUUAUAUCAUUGUGAAUUGAAUGUGUUUGAAUUUCGGACUAUUUGUUGGGCAAAGCAAGUAAUUUAAAGACUUAGAGACUAAGAAAUUGUGUUCACUUUUUUCUGACAUUUUGAAGCUGCACUAGUAAAUAUGUUUGGAUGGAGAAAAAAAAGUGACUGUCUUUAAUGUGAAAGAGGUCGUUCGUAGUGAUGAACCCACAGGGAAUUAUUACUACUUAUCCCCAGGCAUUUCAGCUCAUUGUUUUGGUGUUAUGGCCAGCAACUUGGUUCACUCAAACCGCUGGCAGCUGCUUUCAG